AUGGCUUGCUGUGCUCCCUGCUGCUGCAGCGUCCCCACGGGCCCCGCCACCACCAUCUGCUCCUCUGACAAAUGCUGCCGUUGUGGAGUCUGCCUGCCCAGCACCUGCCCACACACGACUUGGUUACUGGAGCCAACCUGCUGUGACAACUGCCCCCCACCCUGCCACGUUCCUCAGCCCUGUGUGCCCACCUGCUUCCUGCUCAACUCCUGCCUGCCCACCCCGGGUCUGGAGACCAUCAACCUCACAACCUUCACUCAGCCCUGCUGUGAUCCCUGCCUCCCAAGCUGCUGCUGA